AGAAGAGAGAGAGAUUAAAAAAAGAAGAGAAGAAGAAGAAGAAGAAGAAGAAGAGGAGCUCGGAUCUCCGUCGCACACCCGCGACACCGCCCGCCCGUGUUUGGCAGUCGCCGGACGGUCAUGAGAUUGAACAGACUGGGGUGCUGUGUGUGAGUGACGCCUCGUUGCCAUGACGACCCACGUGACCCUGGAGGAUGCCCUGUCCAACGUGGACCUGCUGGAGGAGCUGCCCCUCCCGGACCAGCAGCCAUGCAUCGAGCCCCCUCCCUCCUCCAUCAUGUACCAGGCGAACUUUGACACCAACUUCGAGGACAGGAAUGCGUUCGUGACCGGCAUCGCCCGUUACAUCGAGCAGGCGACGGUCCACUCCAGCAUGAAUGAGAUGCUGGAGGAAGGACAAGAGUACGCUGUGAUGCUCUACACCUGGAGGAGCUGCUCCAGAGCCAUUCCCCAGGUGAAAUGCAACGAACAGCCCAACAGAGUGGAGAUCUACGAGAAAACCGUGGAGGUCUUGGAACCUGAAGUCACCAAGCUCAUGAAGUUCAUGUACUUCCAGCGGAAAGCCAUCGAGCGCUUCUGCAGCGAGGUGAAGCGCCUGUGUCACGCCGAGAGGAGGAAGGACUUUGUGUCCGAGGCCUACCUGCUCACGCUGGGCAAGUUCAUCAACAUGUUCGCGGUGCUGGACGAGCUGAAGAACAUGAAGUGCAGCGUCAAGAACGACCACUCGGCCUACAAAAGGGCCGCUCAGUUCUUGAGGAAGAUGGCCGACCCUCAGUCCAUCCAGGAGUCCCAGAACCUCUCCAUGUUUUUAGCCAACCACAACAGGAUCACGCAGUGCCUGCAGCAGCAGCUGGAGGUGAUUCCCGGCUACGAGGAGCUUCUGGCGGACAUCGUCAACAUCUGCGUGGACUAUUACGAGAACAAGAUGUAUCUGACGCCCAGCGAGAAGCACAUGCUGCUCAAGGUGAUGGGCUUCGGCCUUUACCUGAUGGACGGCAACGUGAGCAACAUCUAUAAACUCGACGCCAAGAAGAGGAUCAACCUGAGCAAGAUCGACAAGUUCUUCAAGCUUCAGGUGGUGCCACUGUUCGGAGACAUGCAGAUCGAGUUGUCCCGCUACAUCGAGACGAGCGCCCACUACGAGGAGAACAAGUCCAAGUGGACGUGCACCCAGAGCAGCAUCUCGCCGCAGUACAACCUGUGUGAGCAGAUGGUUCAGAUCCGGGAGGACCACAUCCGCUUCAUCUCGGAGCUGGCGCGCUACAGCAACAGCGAGGUGGUGACGGGCUCGGGCCUGGACAGCCAGAAGUCCGACGAGGAGUACCGGGAGCUGUUCGACCUGGCGCUGAGGGGCCUGCAGCUGCUGUCCAAGUGGAGCACGCACGUCAUGGAAGUUUACUCUUGGAAGCUGGUCCAUCCCACGGAUAAGUUCUGCAACAAGGACUGUCCGGGCACGGCGGAGGAGUACGAGCGGGCCACGCGCUACAACUACACCAGCGAGGAGAAGUUCGCCCUGGUGGAGGUCAUCGCCAUGAUCAAAGGGCUGCAGGUUCUGAUGGGCCGGAUGGAGUCUGUGUUCAACCAGGCCAUCAGGAACACCAUCUACGCGGCGCUGCAGGACUUUGCCCAGAUGACCCUCAGGGAGCCGCUGCGCCAGGCGGUACGCAAGAAGAAGAACGUCCUCAUCAGCGUUCUUCAGGCCAUUCGUAAGACGGUGUGUGACUGGGACGGGGUGAGGGAACCCCCAAAUGACCCCUGCCUGAGGGGGGAGAAGGACCCAAAAGGUGGAUUUGACAUCAAAGUGCCCCGCAGGGCUGUCGGACCCUCCAGCACACAGCUCUACAUGGUGCGCACCAUGCUGGAGUCCUUGAUAGCGGAUAAGAGCGGCUCCAAGAAGACGCUCCGCAGCUGCCUGGACGGACCCAUCGUGGUCGCCAUCGAAGACUUCCACAAACAUUCCUUCUUCUUCACACACCUGCUGAACUUCAGCGAGGCCCUGCAGCAGUGCUGCGACCUGUCCCAGCUGUGGUUCAGAGAGUUCUUCCUGGAGCUCACCAUGGGUCGCAGGAUCCAGUUCCCCAUCGAGAUGUCCAUGCCCUGGAUCCUCACGGACCACAUCCUGGAGACCAAGGAGCCCUCCAUGAUGGAGUACGUGCUGUAUCCUCUGGACCUGUACAACGACAGCGGCUACUACGCGCUCACCAAGUUCAAGAAGCAGUUCCUCUACGAUGAAAUCGAGGCCGAGGUGAACCUCUGCUUCGACCAGUUCGUCUACAAGUUGGCGGAUCAGAUAUUCGCCUACUACAAAGCGAUGGCUGGAAGCGUCCUCCUCGACAAGCGCUUCAGGGCGGAGUGCAAAAACUACGGCGUGAUCAUCCCGUACCCGCCGUCAAACCGCUACGAGACGCUGCUCAAGCAGAGACACGUGCAGCUGCUCGGCCGCUCCAUCGACCUGAACCGCCUCAUCACCCAGAGGAUCUCGACGGCCAUGUACAAGUCCCUGGACCACGCCAUCAGCCGCUUCGAGAGCGAGGACCUCACUUCCAUCGUGGAGCUGGAGUGGCUGCUGGAGAUCAACCGGCUCACCCACCGGCUCCUCUGUAAGCACAUGACCCUGGACAGCUUCGAUGCCAUGUUCCGCGAGGCCAACCACAACGUCUCCGCCCCCUACGGGCGGAUCACGCUGCACGUCUUCUGGGAGCUCAACUUCGACUUCCUGCCCAACUACUGCUACAACGGAUCCACCAACCGUUUCGUACGUACGGCCAUCCCCUUCACCCAGGAGCCUCAGAGAGACAAGCCGGCUAACGCGCAGCCUUACUACCUGUAUGGGUCCAAGCCUCUGAACAUCGCCUACUCCCACAUCUACAGCUCCUACAGGAACUUCGUGGGCCCGCCCCACUUCAAAACCAUCUGCCGUCUCCUCGGUUACCAAGGCAUCGCCGUGGUGAUGGAGGAGCUGCUCAAGAUAGUCAAGAGCCUGUUACAGGGCACCAUCCUGCAGUACGUGAAGACCCUGAUCGAAGUCAUGCCCAAGAUCUGCCGCCUUCCUCGCCACGAGUACGGCUCUCCAGGUAUCUUGGAGUUCUUCCACCAUCAGCUCAAGGACAUCAUCGAGUACGCCGAGCUGAAGACCGACGUGUUCCAGAGCCUGAGGGAGGUGGGCAACGCCAUCCUCUUCUGCCUGCUCAUCGAACAAGCUCUGUCCCAGGAGGAAGUGUGUGACCUGCUGCACGCCGCGCCCUUCCAGAACAUUCUGCCCAGAGUCUACAUCAAAGAGGGAGAGCGUCUGGAGGUGAGGAUGAAGAGGCUGGAAGCCAAGUACGCCCCUCUCCACCUCGUGCCUCUAAUCGAGAGGCUGGGAACCCCACAGCAAAUCGCCAUCGCCCGCGAGGGCGACCUGCUGACCAAAGAGCGCCUGUGCUGCGGCCUCUCCAUGUUCGAGGUCAUCCUGACGCGCAUCCGCAGCUUCCUGCAGGACGGCGUGUGGCGCGGGCCGCCGCCCACCAACGGCGUGAUGCACGUGGACGAGUGCAUGGAGUUCCACCGCCUGUGGAGCGCCAUGCAGUUCGUGUACUGCAUCCCGGUGGGAACGCACGAGUUCACAGCCGAGCAGUGCUUCGGCGACGGGCUGAACUGGGCCGGCUGCGCCAUCAUCGUUCUGCUGGGCCAGCAGCGCCGCUUCGACCUCUUUGACUUCUGCUACCAUCUGCUCAAAGUCCAGAGGCAGGACGGCAAGGACGAGAUCAUCAAGAACGUGCCCCUGAAGAAGAUGGCGGACCGCAUCCGGAAGUACCAGAUCCUCAACAACGAGAUCUUCGCCAUCCUCAACAAGUACAUGAAGGCGGUGGAGACGGACAGUUCCACCGUGGAGCACGUUCGCUGCUUCCAACCUCCUAUACACCAAUCUCUGGCUACCACCUGUUGAAAUAGACCCCCCCUCCCCUCCACACACACACACACACACACACACACAGCUGUGAUUCAAAUGUCUGCCUCUUCCUGGUCCCGUGGAUGGAGGUGUAGAUGACUCCACACUGGCUUUAAGAAUCCAAAGACAGACCCUCUCAAACUAUUCCUCUAUCUUAAAAAGCUGUCUUUGAAUCCUUGAACCCUGAAAGAGGUGGAAGUGUUACAUUCACACCUUUUUCUUUCUUUUUAUCUCACUCUCUGUGUGGCCCUCCACUCGGAUUCAUGCAUGCCUCGUCUUCUUGCACACACCUGUGGAUUGGACCACUGACACAAAUGCCAAAAGAGUAUCUCUCGUCACAUGACCCGGAGCCACCCGUUUGAAGUCCCCCGGGUCUUACCGGGACUCGGAAAAGAAAGAAGAAAAAAAUGCCUUUUCAGAAUUUUACAAUCGAGAGCCGACGGCGGCUAAAGUAAAUCUUAACUAUGUUUAAAUAUAAGACUAAAAUAAUGUGAGGAAAUAGCUAAUUUUUCUAAGUUAUACAGAUAUCUUUUAACAUGGUGCUCUUAAGUACACCACGUGCUACCGUUAUGCAUGUCCUCUUAUAAUGCCCCCCCACACCUGUUUAUCGUGAUGCGUCGCUAACCCUUCACUCAUUUGUAUGACGGCCAUGGUCGGCCCCUUGUUCACGGUCCACGGUGUCUUUCAUCUCGAUGCAUUUAAAUACUUCCUCGCCCGCUUGCUUUCAAAGGAAUGAAGGUACAUCGCAUUCUUAAUUUGCUUUUAUUUCUUUUAUUUUUUUGUUUUUUUGCUUCUUCUUGACACAUUUUUGUUCAUUCUUUACAAGUUCCGCUGUAAAUUUCACUGUUUGACGAAGUGAAGUGUUGAGUGUUGUAAUUGUUUUUUUGUUUUUAAUUAUUAAUAUUCUUUUAAUUUAAACAUCCGUGGUAUACCUGCCUCUCUACUACUGGCUGGAAAACCUCAUCGCCUGUCAUUUCUUUUUCUUUCUCUCUCUCUUUUGUCUGUCAGGAAAGAUUUUUUUAUAUUCUGUACAUGAAUACAGUGAUAUUAUUGACAAUUCUGGGGAAAUGACACCUCUUCAUCUGGGUUAAUGUGUUGGCUUUUUCAAGAGUUUCAAAAAAAAGAGAACAAAACGAGAUUAGAAAUACCUCUAGGUUGUAUGAAGACAGCGCUGUGCUAGAUUAACCUGUUCUGAGUGUGAAUGGAUGAUGUUGGUCUAUACAGUACUCUGCACAUAAAGGAACAAACAUAAAUAAAAUGUCAGUUAUAGUUAAAGGGCAGUUUAUUAAAUAUAGUCAGUGUUUACUAUUGUUGGACUUCUGCUUUAGAUUUAGCAGUGUUAUCAAAAAUAUGCAAAAUAUGUCCCUAUUUUUUUUUUCUCAUGAAGAAAAAUUAAUUAUUAAGAAUUAACUCUCCCCAAACUGCCCUGACAUCUUUUUUCUGCUCUGUUUUGGAUGAACAAACUUUCUUUUUGUAACUCAAGUGUCUUUUUAUCAUAUUUAUUCAACUCUGAUGUAUUGUUAAUUUAAAGGUUAAUCUGGUUUCAAAUGAAGGUACCGAUGUAUCAUCUCAAAAACCUUAGCAUGGCAAGUGUAAUUUAUUGUCAUCGAUGGCUCCAUUUGUGACAUGAGGCUCUGUUUAUGAUAUUGUUGUACAAGUGACCAUGUUUUGAAGUGGAGAAAAAGAAUAUAAAGUGUACAACAGUGGGUCCUGCAAAGGAUGUUGUAUUUCCAUGAAAUAAAAAAAUGUUUGACUGAAAAAA